GGUGGGCGGGGCUCCCGGCUGUCACCGCGAUGAGGAGACGACGCCGUCGACGAAGACGACGCCGCGGGGCCGCUCCGGGCUUCGCCCCUCUCGGGGUCUGAGGGGAGGCGCCGGGCCCCAGGAGCUCCAGGGCGGGCCUGGCCGCCGCCUCAGACUCCCCGCCCUCCGCCUUCGCGGUUCCUCCGGAGAAGAAGACGAGGAAAAGCUGCCAAACCCUGGACGGUGUCGAGAUGGUCUGCUAGCCGUCCGAGCGAGUGAGCGGGCGGGCGCUCAGCUUCCACGAUGCCUGUGCAGGCGGCCCAGUGGACGGAGUUCCUGUCCUGCCCAAUCUGCUACAACGAGUUUGACGAGAACGUGCACAAGCCCAUCAGCUUAGGCUGCUCCCACACCGUCUGCAAGACCUGCCUGAAUAAGUUGCACCGCAAGGCCUGCCCUUUUGACCAGACAGCCAUCAACACCGACAUCGACGUGCUUCCUGUCAACUUUGCACUUCUCCAGUUAGUUGGAGCCCAGGUCCCUGAUCACCAGACCAUCAAAUUAAGCAAUCUAGGAGAGAACAAACACUAUGAGGUGGCGAAGAAGUGUGUCGAAGAUCUGGCGCUUUAUUUAAGGCCGCUAAGCGGAGGCAAGGGUGUUGCCAGUUUGAACCAGAGCGCACUGAGCCGGCCAAUGCAAAGGAAGCUGGUCACCCUGGUGAACUGUCAGCUGGUCGAAGAGGAGGGUCGGGUCAGGGCCAUGCGGGCAGCCCGCUCUCUCGGGGAGCGAACCGUGACCGAGCUAAUCCUGCAGCACCAGAACCCUCAGCAGCUCUCUGCCAACCUCUGGGCUGCUGUCCGGGCACGAGGAUGCCAGUUCCUUGGGCCAGCUAUGCAGGAGGAAGCCUUGAAGCUGGUGCUUCUGGCCUUGGAAGAUGGAUCAGCCCUCUCCCGGAAAGUCUUGGUGCUUUUUGUUGUCCAAAGGCUGGAGCCAAGAUUCCCUCAGGCAUCAAAAACCAGCAUCGGCCACGUGGUGCAGCUGCUUUAUCGAGCUUCAUGCUUCAAGGUCACCAAAAGGGACGAGGAUUCUUCCCUGAUGCAACUGAAAGAGGAAUUUCGCAGCUACGAGGCAUUGAGGAGGGAACAUGAUGCUCAGAUUGUCCACAUUGCCAUGGAAGCUGGGCUUCGGAUCUCGCCAGAGCAAUGGUCUUCCCUCCUUUAUGGCGAUCUAGCCCACAAGUCCCACAUGCAGUCCAUCAUCGACAAGCUUCAGUCCCCAGAAUCCUUUGCCAAAAGUGUGCAGGAAUUGACAAUCGUUCUGCAGCGUACAAAUGACCCCGCAAAUUUAAACAGGCUUCGCCCCCAUUUGGAGCUUUUGGCCAACAUAGAUCCUAAUCCAGAUGCUGCAUCUCCAACAUGGGAACAGCUGGAAAAUGCCAUGGUGGCCGUGAAGACGGUCGUCCAUGGCCUGGUGGACUUCAUCCAGAACUAUAGUAGGAAAGGCCAUGAAGCCCCACAGCCUCAGCCAAACAGCAAAUACAAAACAAGCAUGUGCCGUGACCUGCGCCAGCAAGGCGGCUGCCCCCGAGGGACUAACUGCACUUUUGCUCACUCUCAGGAGGAGCUGGAGAAGUAUCGGCUUAGGAACAAGAAGAUCACUGCCACAGUACGGACCUUCCCUCUUCUAGGCAAAGCUGCUGUCACAAGCCCCGUGUCCACAACUGCAGGGAAUGUAAUUUCCAUUAUUGGAAGCCCGGAGAUGGCUGGAAAGCUAGUGCCAAACCCCAACGGCAUUGGAAGUCUAGAGAGCGGCGUGCCCCAGCUUGUUCCCCGUUGCUCCGACACGUCUUCCUUAAGGAUUCUGGAGAGUGCAAAGAAGGCAGGGAAGGCUGGAACCAAUGGCCAGAACAUCUCCGGGUCUCCAACAGAUCCUCUGCCAGAAAACAAAAUUGGUUCGCCUCCGAAGACUCCAGUCAGCCAGUCAGCAGCUACCUCAAUAGGUCCUCCUCCUCCUCCUCCUCCUCCUGUUGGGACAGAGAUGAGCCCCAUUGCUCCCAAAUCUGGCCCUUUUGCUGCCAGGGUGCCUAUCUACCCACCACAUUCGGACAACCUGCAGUAUUUUCAAGAUCCCAGGGCCCAUCUCUCCUAUGAGGCCCCGCACUACGCACAAGCAGGUUACUAUGCACCGCCACCAACGGUCCCAGCUGGUGUGACUCCUUGCCUCCCUCGCUUUGUGAGGUCUGGAAAUGUCCCGGAGUCGCCUCUCCCACCUGCUUCUGUGCCCUACGGUGACCAUUACAAUGCAUUUCCCCCUCGGGACAGGCUGAGCUCUCCGUACCAGCAGCCCCCACCACAGCCAUAUGGGCCAGUGCCCCCGGUUCCCUCUGGGAUGUACGCUCCAGUCUAUGACAGCCGGCGUAUCUGGCGGCCGCAGAUGUACCCGCGAGAUGAUAUCAUCAGGAGCAACUCCUUACCACCCAUGGAUGUCGUCCACCCCUCCGUCUACCAGACUUUUCUGCGGGAAAGAUACAACUCGCUGGAUAGCUACUACUCUGUGGCUUGCCCGCUGCCAGCAGAGCAAAGGACAGUGGCUUUGUCGAGGGAGCCUUGCAGCCACCUGAAGCCUGCUUAUGAUGACCCGCUCAGAAGGAAACCAGAGCAGUGGGCUCCGUGCCAUGCACAAAAAACACCUCUUGUGUCAUCCUCUGUCCUUCCAACAGCUACGCAGUCUCCACCAUCACCUUCCCCUCUUUUCAGUGUGGACCUGGGCACAGAGUUCUGUGAGAGCUCUGGCGAUUUGAGUGGCACCAAAUACGAGGACGACCGGCUCUCCCACUACUCGCCCUGGUCCUGUGGCACCAUCAGCUCCUGCAUCAACACCAUUGAGUCUGAGCCCAAGGAUGUCAUUGCCAACUCAGGCACGGUACUCUUGGAUCUGGACAGCGGUGACAUGAAGCGGCGGGUGCAUCUCUUUGAAACCCAGAGGCGGGUGAAGGAGGAAGACCCCAUCAUUCCUUUUGGUGACGGGCCCAUCAUCUCCAAAUGGGGUGCCAUCUCCCGGUCAUCACGCACAGGUUACCACACAACAGACCCGAUCCAAGCCACUGCUUCCCAAGGAAGUGCUACAAAGCCGAUCAGCAUGUCAGAUUAUAUCCCAUACGUCAGCACCGUCGAUUCAAGAUGGAGUUCCUACACGUCAGAUUCUACUUCAUCGGCAUCUUUCAUAGAACGGGAUCGGUUCAUUGUUACAGAUGUCUCUGCCCCAAGAAAGCACUCUAGUACUGGAGAUCUACUGAGCAUAGAACUGCAGCAGGCCAAAAGUAACUCCUUACUGCUUCAGAGAGAGGCAAAUGCACUAGCCACGCAGCAGAAGUGGAGCUCCUUAAACGAAGGUAGCCACCUCGCCUUAAACCUUCUGAGCAAGGACAUCGAUCUGAGGAACAGCGAGGUGGACUAUCCCGAGGAUGGCGCAGACACAAAGCCGGACCGAGACAUUGAACUGGAACUUUCAGCGCUUGAUGCCGAUGAGCCUGACGGACAGGGAGAGCAAAUUGAAGAGAUUCUCAGCCUGCAGCUUGGGAUUGGCGAUCGAGAUGAACAUCUCUUCAACGGUUCAACACUGGAAAAUGGCCACUCGCUGGAACAGAAGGAAGCCAGGCAGCCAAAGCAACCCAGUUUAGGUGAAAACCUUGCUAUUCUGGAGAAGCAGAAAGUAGUCUUGCCGGUGACUUCUUGCUUCAUCCAGCCGUCGGCCUGCUCCGUGAGCAGCAUGAGCAACAGCACGCCAAUUGCGACAUCCGUGAAUGUGGGCAGCCUGGCCCUCAAGGCGGCCCAUAUCAUGGAGGAAGGGACAAGUGGCUUUCUAAGGCCAGCUGCAAAUGGCAAGAUGGUUCACAGUUGAGAGGUGUGCUGAGUUCAAGCUUGUGACUAUGCUUAAGGAAGCAAUUAUAUUUGCUUUUUACAUACAUAUAUAUAUAUAAUAUAUAUAUAUUACAUAAUGUAUAUUUUUUGGGGGGAAAAUACUAUUGAGGUUGUUUGUUUCCUGUGGACUCUUUGAUAAAUCAAGCCCCUGUCACAUUAGCGUUCAGGAUAAGAGAAGGAAAAAGCAACACCACAACUGCCAUCUUUCCUAGGUUCAGGUGUUCACUUUCCGCAAGCGAUCUGGAAUCUGGACGUUGUUUUACCGAACAAUUAACAGUUGUUUUUUUAAUCAGUGUAAUGAAGUUCCAGGGCACCGACUGAGCCGUACUUGCUUUGCGAAGGCGUCGCUAGGAAAAUGUGCAAGUUACUCAUUGCGAAGCCAGCAGAUCCUCAGGGGAUGUGACUCGUGGGAAGUAAAAGUAACUUGUUUUGCCUUGUUUCUUUUUCUUUGUUUGGUGAGGGAGGACUUUGCAUCUGGUUGCCGUUGCUUGUUUUUCAGCUGUGAAGCUUUGCAUGAAAUAGUGCGCGCGCGUGAGGAAGCCAGAGAGGCUGGGGAUCUUCUUGACAUAAAAGACUUCUAAUUCAGGGUUGAUAAUAAGAACAUUUUCUUUCUCUUCUAGCUUUGCUCCGCUGCAUUAUAUGCAGUGGCAUGCCACUUUGCCUCUUCGUAUCUUCCCCCCAUCUUUGUUUGUUUUUCCUCCCUCCCUUUUCCACUUUAGAACUUGAUAUUUCCAUAUAUCAAGUGAUUUGCCUAUGUACGAAUGACAGACUGCAAAUCCAAGUGCCUGCAUCUUUCCGCUUACAUACUUGGUUUUUAACUUCUCCAGGUAGUAAGCAGAAGCGCUACGUUCCUUUCCGGCGACACGCCGCUCUCCUUCCGAGGGGCAGACUCCCCCAGUUUGCUUGGCAUCCAGAGCCUCACAGAGUUUCUUCUGCAAAAGCAUUUCCUGUCUGUCGCGUUUGCACUGACUAAAACAACACAGUAUUGCUGUUGCUGUACUUUUAGAAACAAUCCUAAUAACCAUCACAGAUUAGUAGUCCUCUAGACCCUCAGAAUGAUGUGGUGUUGGUUAUAGUAUUACCAAGAAUAUUAGUAUUUAGGUUUAUUACUAUUUAAUUCUGACAAGGCCUUGAGUGUUUACUUAAUAAUAUAGCUUUAGCUGAGCUUGUACAGAACCAUGAACAAACAUGUCCUCUUGAAGAUAGCGGUUUAAAACAACGCAUCACACAAUAUAGCAAAAGUAGGAACGUCUUUCCCUAUAAGCGAGCACCUUUGCCAGACAUUUCCUUCCUUUCCCUUGCUUUUAAAAAUUCAGGCAAACCUUGAAAGUAGAAGAGUAUGCUCUCUACUUUCUGAACUGGUUUUCUUAUCAGCCUUUUCCCCUUCUGUGGCACUCUUUUUGGGGUUUCUUUUUCAUUUAUGUUUCUCUCUCUAAUUUUAUUUUUAAUGUUUGUUGAUUAACUUCUGUGAAGUUGUUUACUCUGAAAAUUGUACUGGAAUAUUUUAGCCAAAUGGCAGUUUUCACCAGGGAGUACGUACUGUACGCAAGGGCUCACCCUGCUAGCAAAUGGCUUUAAAAACACAGAAACACAAUACGAAGGCGAUCAUGUUCCUGACAAAACAGAGGUGCCAGCAUACCAGUUUCAGGAUCAGGGGAGGGGCAGGUGCCAGGAGAAGGAACGGCCUUUCUCCGAGGGUCACAGGCCUUCUGCUUUUCAAAUCGCUCCUGUCUUGCGAGGUCACGAGGGGGAAAUUAUGUUGUAAAUAGGAACUGGAAAAGAAAUCCCAGGGCUCCUUGGUUUUUGGAGAAUCCCAAAAGCGUCGUCCACCUAUUUAAUACUGUUAAAGUUACUGUUAACGUGUAAAGAGCUAUUUGUAAUACAGCAGCCAAGUCUCUUUUCUUAGCUAUCCAGUGGGCACCUUCUGAAGCUUCUUGCUGCCUCCCUUUAGCAGCAAGACAAGGCAAAGCCCCUGGGAAUCAAAACUACGUUUGAAGUAUCUGUCCACUUUCCACCUUCGAUGUGGAAUGUCACUUUGCAGCUCUAGCUGGGCAGUUAAUUCUUCUGUAUAUAGGAGUUUAUAUAUGACAUUUGAAAUGCUUCCAAACAUUGCUUUUCUUUUUCUUUUGCAGUAUGUGUAACUUCAGAUACAGAUAGCGAAACAUAAACUAUAGCUGUAUAUGCAAAACAAGCUCUCUCUUACAUGGAUAUUUAAACAAAAUAAUAAGAUCUUCCAUGUUGAAGGUGAUGUAAUUUUUUUCUUAAAAGGAAGAAAUAAAACCUAAUUACUAUUUUGUUACAAAAAUAGAACCAUAUAAAGGUUUGAGAGGUCCUUAUUCUUGCCCUCAGGGAAAUCGCCCCUCUGUUAAACCAAGAACGCCGCCGGGCAUCUUCAGCACAAUCUGAGGGUGAAUAUAUAUUAACCGAACAAAUCUUGUGCAUUUUACCUUUUUUAACAUCUACGUUUUUAGAAAACAAAACUAUGUGAUCCUCCGCCCUUUUUACAACUUUGGUUGUGUUCUGCUGGAGGAAGAAGGGGCUGAGGAUAAAUUGUUUACAGAUCUUUGCCCGCUUUUCUGGCGGCAUCAUGUUGAGAAACCUGCUUCUGCUGUCCUUUCACCGGCUUUGUUUACAUUUGUUUGGCGGCGGCAGGGGGGAGCCACUGUUGUGCAGUCGCUUUACCGCAAAGGGCCAUGAGACUUCAUGGGGACGAUGGGUCCAUUGAAGAGUUCUGCUUGGCUCUGCGAGAGCAACCAGCUGAACUUUAAACCAUGUGCCAUCUUUCUCUCUGAGCUUUAGCCACCAACCAUCGUGAUCUUGCCACAAAAUGGUGGCCUCUUCUGGCUCGACGCUGGGUACAUGGCAGCACAAGCUAUUUUGCCGCUGUGUCCGGCUGCGGGACAUACAGUUUCUAGGGAUAUUGGUGCUGGACCAGAGCCGUUCAGUAGCCUGUUUUAGGGCUCUGCCUUUAGGAAAUCAAGUUAGCCAAAAAAAAUAUGAGAGGAAACAGGCUUUGGUACGAAGGGGAAGAAGAGGUCCCUUCUUGUCCGUAGCCCUAAGGAGGUGGCAUUUGUUCUUUGUAAAAUCCUGCAUUCCAGGCAAACCCACUUAAAAGGAAGGCUGCAGCAUCAGGUAAAAUGUCUUGGAAACGUGGACUCGGAGGGACUUUUGACUCAGUGCCUCAUAGUGAGGUUUGCAAGGUGACAGGAGUGGUAGGUGCCACCUUUGCUCAAAGCUAUCUGUAGCAAACCCACAAAUGAAGGAACAUGGCUGUGGCCUGUGUGGAAGGUGUGUACAUCAAUGUUGUGGGGCCUGUGCUGUCGUGGGUUUGCCCAGCAUGCCGUUCUUGCAGAUAGUCUUCAUUUUACAUCAGCCGUGCCAAUCCCAACUAACACUCUUGACCCUUGCCAUUGCAGAAGUUCCCUUCGGUGUGGGUCUCCCUCAAUAGGAAGGGCAGCUGACUGUGAUUCUGCCAUGAAGCGCAGAAAACUUGUUGAGUAUAAAGUGCACAUGGCAAUUGCGCAGUAGCUGGAACAUAACCUCCUUCCAGUUUGGAAAGAAAAGGGAAAUUGCACAGGUGCUGCAGUUCAGGAUGGACAGGGUUUUUGGCAACGCAAGGGCGAGGAGCAGAAGUCGCUGUCCGUUUUGUGGCCCUGUUUUGUGGGCUGAUAACUUUCCCCUGAUGUUUACUACUCUAUUCUGCUUCGCAGAGUUUGAAUCCGAAGAACCUGUUCCCCACCCCUGUAGAAAUCAAUGGAAAGCCACCCGCUUUCGUGUGACGUGGGCUUAACUUUGAAGCCCCUUUGUCUGUAGAGCGUGGACUUGCAAUUCAAAGACGGCGAUAAAGAGGCCGGUGUGGCGUGACGUGGCGAUGGCGGCAGAGGGUUGGGUUACUUUCCCUCCCACUCAAACUAACCCAGCUAACCCAAGCCUUUCCCUAAGGGAGGAGAAGUUGUAGUACAGUACUUUGCGGGCAAAGUAUUAAGUACACAAAGGACUUAAUAAAUCCCCACAAUAUGGGAAGGGCUUGAGGCGGGACGAGGCGAAACUGCUGGACGUCCCACUCACCCAUUCAGAGAAAAAGCCACAUUUUGUUAAAAUUGGCACGGAAAGACACACACUUUUUUGUGGAGCUUUUCAAAUUGACACUUUAUAUACUUGACCUAAUUUUGGAAUGAAAUGGUUUCUGGCUGGGUUUAGGGACACCAGAAAAGAGAGCAGCGUCCAUGGGCACAGAGAUCCCUCGACCCACUUAGACAGCGGAGUCCCUCCGUCCUUUAGUCCGAGGCAUGGGAAUGCAUGCGUUUUCCUUUUCUCGGGGCGGACGAAAUGCCUUAUACUGUAGUUGUGAUACAACAUGCGUGGCUUUUCCUUGUACUGCGCACCCGCCCACUGUGCAGCCACUCUGGAGUAUUGUGGUUUAAGCUUGCAGUAUCUGCUGUCCGCAUUUAUACUAUAUUCCGCAUAUAUUCUUUUCCCUGGAAGUUUAAAAAGGAAAAAGGAAAAAAACACCAUGGGUUUGUUUGGGUUUUUUUUCUGGUUGAGUUGAUUUUAACGUUUUUCUAACCUUGCUUAGCCUAGGAAAGUUUGGGAAAAGAGGCCUGUUUGUCAAUUGUACAACCGGUUGUGAAGCUCAAAGUGUGAAUAUUUUUACGUCUGUAUUAGACAUUUUCUUUGCAAAUCUAUUGUUCGAUUGAAAUGUAAAUUGAGAUAAAACGAUGGUGUACACCCAUCAUGUAUAAUAAAGCAGACACCAUCGCUACGAUGGAUUUAAUGCUCAUUUUUAAUGGUGCAUUCUCAAGUGUCUAUUUAAAAUAUAUAUAUAUAUAUAAUUUAAAAGAACGAAUCUGUAAAAUCAAAGGGGGGGAUAUAUUUGUGGGGCGGGGGAACCAAUUCUAUUCCGUUUAGUCCUGUUUUUUAAACAAGUUCCAAAUUGCAAUGUUCUUUUUUAUUUCCCUUUUGUGUUCUAGGAAUAGGAUUUUAACUGGGAAAGCUUUGGACCGUACGGUCUGUAUUUUUGGGGGUGGGACGGUUGGACGCUUUGUGAUUUAGCCUGAAUAGCCGAGUGGGUUAUUUGCGUGUGUUGUGCGUGUGUUUGCUGUAGCACUGGAGUGGAAAAGAGGUGAUUCGUUAGCUUUUGGGCUGGUCACAGACUUUAGCAAAUUGUGGUUUGUUUGUUCUAUUCGGUGUUUGAGAGAGAAUUAAUAGGAAAACUUAACAAAAAGAAGUUUGCAGUACUUGACAUGUAUUUGCAUGCCAUCAAAUAAAAAAACAUUGUCCACCUAAA